AUGAAAUUGUUCCUCCCAGUUUCCUUCAGCCCUGAGCCUCCUCCUGAAGACCACCUGACUAGUACUGGGCGGCCAUUUGGUGGAAUGAUUCAGGACAUAAAGAGACGUUACCAGCACUACAAGAGUGACAUGACAGAUGCCCUCAACUCCCAGGUCCUUGCUGCCGUCAUCUUCAUCUACUUUGCUGCCCUGUCGCCUGCCAUCACCUUUGGAGGGCUACUGGCUGAUAAGGUGGAAAAUAUGAUGGGCGUCCCAGAGCUCCUCAUCUCCACCAGCAUCCAGGGAAUCAUCUUCUGCUUCGUUGCUGCUCAGCCAAUCCUGGUCAUUGGUUUCUCUGGUCCUCUCUUAGUGUUUGAAGAAGCCUUCUAUGCUUUCUGCAAGUCCCAGGACAUUGAGUACAUAGUGGGGAGAGUGUGGGUCGGAGUGUGGCUGGUCAUCAUCGUGGUGAUCGUCGUGGCUUGUGACGGCAGUGUCCUGGUUCGCUUCAUCUCACGCUUUACCCAGGAAAUCUUCUCCAUCCUCAUCUCCCUCAUCUUCAUCUAUGAAACUUUUGCCAAGCUGGGCAGGACCUUUCACUCACAUCCGCUGAUUCUGAAUUACGAUCAGCUGAAUGCAAGUGUAGAAAAUCCCUGGCAACCAAAAGUGGAAGAGACCGUCAUUUAUGACAAUAACACCGGUAAUACAACUAUUAUCAUCAGCAACAUCAAGCCUCCCUUCCCCAACACCGCUCUGCUCUCCAUGUGCCUCAUGUUUGGCUGUUUCUUCAUUGCGUUUUUCCUCCGUCAGUUCAAGAACGGGACAUUUCUACCUGGAAAGGUGAGACGUUUGCUUGGGGACUUUGGUGUCCCUAUUGCCAUUUUCCUAAUGAUUGUCCUGGACUACAACAUUAAUGAUACCUACACUCAGAAACUAAUGGUUCCCAAAGGUCUGGCGGUGUCCAACCCAGCCAAGAGAGGCUGGCUGAUCAACCCAUUUGGAGAGCACCAGAGCUUCCCUGUCUGGCUGAUGUUUGCCUCCUGCGUCCCUGCCCUGCUCGUCUUCAUUCUCAUCUUUCUGGAGUCUCAGAUCACGACUCUGAUUGUGAGUAAACCUGAGAGGAAGAUGGUUAAGGGCUCCGGUUUCCACUUUGACUUGCUGCUUUUAGUCGGCAUGGGCGGGUUCAGUGCGAUAUUUGGUGUUCCAUGGCUCAGUGCCGCCACCGUGCGCACUGUCACCCACGCCAACGCCCUCACUGUCAUGAGCAAAGGACCAAAGCCUGUGAUAGAGAAAGUGAUGGAGCAGAGGGUCAGUGGCAUUCUGGUGGCUUUGCUGGUUGGGUUGUCUAUUCUGAUGGAGCCGAUCCUCAAGUUGAUCCCCAUGUCAGCCUUGUUUGGGAUUUUCCUCUACAUGGGAGUCACGUCUCUAAAUGGUAUCCAGCUGUGGGAUCGUAUGCUUCUUCUGUUCAUCCCCAAGAAAUAUCACCCUGAUGAACCCUACGCCACACAAGUGAGCACAGGACGAAUGCACUUGUUCACUCUCAUCCAGACUGCGUGCCUCAUAAUCCUCUGGAUUGUGAAAUCCAGUCCAGCAUCCCUGGCACUUCCUUUCAUCCUGAUCCUCACCAUCCCUCUGCGUAUGCUCAUGACUGGGCGUCUCUUCUCUGAAACGGAAAUGAAAUGUUUGGAUGCUGACGAUGCUAAGGUGACGUUUGAGGAGGAGCCGGGACAGGAUGUAUACUGUGAAUCUCAAAUGCCAUUGUAGAUGUUUCCCAUGAAUAUGAUGACAAUAAAUGUAUAUACAUAUUAAUAUAUACAGAAUAUGUUCAUUUAGUUACUUCCUAUGACCGGGACAAAGCACUAUGAAACAAGAGUUUUCACCUAUGUCAAAUAUUUGCUUUGUGUUGUUUAGAUUCUAAAACAAUGAUUUAUUAAUAAAUAAACAACUCAUUUUACAUCAAUUAUGGCUGAAGUGACUCCACAAAUGAAUGUAAAGAUAAAUAAGUGCCAAGUACAAAUAAGCCUUUUCCUAAAAACCAGAGGCCAUUUAAGUUGUUUUUGUUUUCAUGUCCUUUAUGAGUAAAAUGCAAACUCUGACUUAUUGGAUAAUUUACGUGUUUCAGCAGCAGAUGUCAAACUGUUCCACUGGAGAGGAAUCGCAGCUGUACAAUACAAGGAGAGAAGGUGUUUUUCUUUGUGUGUAUACUUAU